AUGGUUCGCUGCUUACACAAGCCAGACCUCAUUGCAUCCUUUGGCGAAGCCACCGCGCAACCCUACUUCAUCUACAAGCUCCGUGAUCGCAUGCUUCUAAAUCCAACAGGCCGACGAAUACUACGCGACCGACCACGCUUAACGUCUACCUCGCUCGACAUUCCACGCCUCCGCAAACUCCCUCCGAACACAUUGGGCUAUGCAUACGCGGCAUGGCUUGACCGCGAGGGCGUCUCGCCAGACACACGAGCGCCAGUACAGUACAUAGACGACGAGGAGUGUGCAUAUGUCAUGCAGCGAUAUCGCGAAUGCCACGACUUCUACCAUGCCUUGGUCGGACUACCCGUCUUUCGUGAAGGCGAGGUCGCUCUCAAGGCAUUCGAAUUCGCCAAUACCGGCCUGCCUAUGACUGGCUUGGCUGUGUUUAGCGCUUUCACCCUGAAGAAGGCUGAAUGGAGGCGUUUCUGGGACGUCUAUGGGCCGUGGGCUACACGGAACGGCGCACAAAGUGACGAUGUAAUCAACAUCUACUGGGAGGAAGAACUGGAGACGGAUAUCGACGAGCUAAGAGCUAGAUUCAGCAUUGAGAAGCCACCGGAUCUGCGAGCUAUGCGCAAGGCGGAACGUGAAGCGCGCAAGAAAGAAAAGGAGGCUAAAGAGACCAUGGCACGGGCUGCCGUAUGA